AUGAAAGUGCAAUUCAUUCUAUACUUAAUAUUUUCAAUUGGUUGUUUUGCUAGAUCAAGUGAUUACUCAGCUCAAGGUGAUCGUAAAUAUUUUUGGGGUUGUAAUGGUGCAUUAUCAGCUUCAGUAUCUUUUUGUUCACCGACUAAUUAUACUUGUAAGUGUGUUGACAAAAACUUUCAAGCUUCAAUUGCUGGAUGUUUAGACCAAAUUGGUAAAGCUACUAAAGGAGCAAAAUCUGGAAUGGUUAAUUAUUGUGAAAAUUAUGCAAUGUCAAAGAUUGAUGAUGAUUGGUACGAUGAUGCUUUGAAAUAUUACAAAAAGAAUGGUAAGAACGCAUGUGAGAUUCCUAAUUUUAAUAUGAUUAUAUCGAUUGAUACUCCAUUCAUUUUGAAUAAAGCAAUCGCCGAAGCAUACGCAGAAUCUUACACAAGAUUCUACAAUAACAAAGAUGAUUCGUUAUACUAUGGUGCAGCAUGUUUAGGAUACUGGUUAUUAGUACUAUUAAUAAGUUCUAUGAGUAAUUUCACUAAGUUCAUGUUUCCGAAUCUAGUCAAAAAGAUGACCAAUUCAAUAAUCAACUACUAUAGAAAAUAUUUAUCAAUUCCAGCUAUGUUUCAUAAAAAGAAAUCUCAGGAACAAUCAUUCUUUCAUAUUUUUAGCUUUUUAAUACUUUCAAGAAUGGAAUCAUUGAUUAUAUUCUUGUUUUAUUGUGUUACGAUCAUGUUAAUGUCUAUAAAUUUAAAAGCUAUUCAAGGUGAUGCAUUGUACACAGCAAAAUACAUGGCAGAGAUUAGAUACGUUGCAGACGUAAGUAAACCAAUAUUUCAUAUGAAUAAUUGAUAUUAACACAUAAUUUAGAGAUCAGGAAUAAUAGCUACAAUUGAAAUGCCAUUAAUAUUUCUAUUUGCAGGUAGAAAUAACUUUCUUCAAUGGUUAACUGGAUUUAACUAUAGUACAUUUGUUGGUUUCCAUAGACAUACAGCAAGAAUAAUGUUCAUGUUAGUUGUUAUUCAUGCAGUUUGUUUCACAAUUAAUUUUGGCAGUUAUUAUAAAACUGCGCUUGCUGAACAAUAUUUGAGAUGGGGCAUAACUGCAGCUGUUGCAGGUGGAGUUAUAAUGAUUCAAAGUAUGUUGUACUUAAGAAGAAGAUGGUAUGAAGUAUUUUUAAUCUUUCAUAUUAUAUUAGCUGCAUUUUGGACUGCAGGUGCCUGGUUACACGUUAAAGAUUUAGGUUAUAUUUGGUUUGUUUAUCCAUCUGUUGCAGUUUGGAGUUUUGACAGAGUUGUUAGAAUUGGCAGAUUAUUUGCCUUUGGAUUUCCUCAUGCUACUGUUACAUUAUUAAGUGAUGAAACUUUGAAAGUUAUUAUAUCAAAACCAAAUUAUUGGCAUUCAAUACCCGGUGGCCAUGCAUUUAUACAUUUUUUAAAACCAACAUACUUUUGGCAAUCGCAUCCAUUUACAUAUACUGAUUCAUAUGAAGAUAAAAAUUAUUUAAUUCUAUAUUGUAAAGUAAAAGGUGGUAUUACUCAUAGUUUAUAUAGAUUAUUAGUAAAUUCACCAGGUAGAUCAUGUCAAGUUAGAGUCAGUGUUGAGGGUCCAUAUGGUGAACCAACUCCAGCUAAAUAUGCUGAUUCUGCCGUAUUUAUAGCUGGUGGUAAUGGUAUUCCAGGUAUUUAUUCAGAAAUUUUAGAUAUUGCAUUAAAAUCUAAACAUAGUGAAAAUAACAAAUUGAAAUUACAUUGGGUAGUAAGAGAAUACCCUUCAUUAUAUUGGUUUUAUGAAGAAUUAUUAAAAUUGAGAAAUACAAGAAUUGAAACUACAAUUUAUGUUACAAAACCUGAUUGUCAUAUUUUCAUAGAAGAAUUUAAUAAUAGAUUCAACGCAGUUGAAAAAUCAUCAUGUCCAGAUUCUGAAGGUGAUAGUAAUGACCCAUGUGAAGAACAAGAUGAGAAAUUGGAUUCUUCAAUAAAGGAAAAAUAUAAAACAAAUAUUGAAUGCACAGAUAGUGAAGAGAAAUUAUGUGGUCAUGAUAUAGUUGAAAAGAUUAAACAUGAAUUAUCACAUAUAACAUUCAAAGAAGGUAGACCUAUUAUCAAAGAUUUAAUGACUCAGGAAGUCAUUGAAUCAAAUGAUUCAGUGGCAUUUGUAACUUGUGGUCAUGGAGCUAUGGUGGACGAAUGUAGGUAUGAAGCAACGCAAUUAAUUAGCAAUAAAGAAAGGAAGAGGAUUGACUUCUACGAACAGUUGCAAACUUGGUGUUAAAAGGUUUGAUUUAACUUUUCAUUACGUAUACGUUAAUAUAGAAAUAGACAAGACUGUAUAAAGAGUGGAAAUUUUUUUGCAGCACAAAAAGUAUAUUUAUUGUACGUGAUUCUGAUUAGAGAGGUUUGAUUUGCAACAAUUAAAAAUAGUUUAAUCCUGUAGUAAUCUUAACGGGGUUUAUGUUUGUGGUAAUAAACAGAGCAGAAUUUUAAAAAUUAACGCUAUAUUCUUUGCACUGAGCUCAUAACUGUAAUUAAAAGAUUUGGGGGAUACUCUGAGUUGAAAAAGCUGCCCUGACAAGAAAUAGAAUGUAUUUUAUUGAAUUUCAAGGUACAGACUUUGUCAAUACUAAUAUAAUUAUUCAAUGAAAUUGAAAAAUCAAAGAGAACAAGUUUUUGGCAAUUAUUCCGUUCUUGUAAUCAACAGUCUAUGAGAAACUCAAACUCAUCGAAAGGAUUGUGAGAAAAUACCUUCAAAAUGGAUUAUUAUUUAAAGUUGAGUUACACAAAACCAUUGAUGAAAUUGAUAAAAAAAUUAUUGUGAUUGGAUUAAUUUUAUUUUUUAACUCCCUAAUUCUUUACCUAACUCAGGUUGCAUUUGAAACAGAGAUCAAUUUUCAGUUUUAAAGAAAACCAGCCAAAGCUCAUUACUUGAAGUUCAGAAGGAUUGAUAACACAUCAAUUAAAUCGACAGAUUAGAAGUCUGAAUAUGUUCAUCAAAAAAAAACAAAGUGACUAAACUAUUGAGACUAAGAACUCGAGUGUUAGACUAUCAUUCCUUUCGACCUACUGAUCUUUUAGAUAAAGUCAAAAAUGAAACCAAUUAGAGAUGAGCUUAAUAAUUAUUUUAGGUAAAAUUGGGUUUUCCCUUGAAAAAAAAAAAAAUAAUCUCAGAUCUAAAAAAAAUAUUUCUUGGCUCAUAAUCGUUUAUGACACAAAAUCGUAGUAAUAAAAUAUAUUAAGAACGAUAAUGAGAAAUUUUAAAGCAAAGUGCACUGUUUAAUGUCUUUCUUUAACUAAGGUAUACGAUAACAAUAUAGACGUACCAGCUUGUUACCCCCCAUACCCCCCCCCCCGCUGAUACCCAUCCCGUAAAAAAGUAGUUACUAGCUCUAUAAAUAGAAUUUCAAUGAAUAAUUGCUGCAAAAAUAUUAUUAAUACCAGCUAAGAAAUAAUUAUAAAUGAUUAACUUUUUAUUUAGUCACAUGUUUCUUCCUUUUGGUUUUGCAACCAGAACUGCUCCAUAUUCCAGUUAUGAAUAUACAAGAAAUGUUUAAUGUUGUAAUUACGGAUUUUCAAAAUCAGUCUCAGUCUGUGCAAUUCCAUAUAAUACAUCCUGUUUAUGUCAAAGUAAAGAAGCUUUAGCUACUUAUACUAGUUGUUAUGUAACAAGACCAGAAAUAACAACUGAUUUAGAUCAAUUUAGUUCAAGUUGGUCAAAUGAUGAAGUAUCAUCGAUUGAAAAGAAUAGUUCUGUUAAAGAAGAUAUAAAGGAAGAAGAGUUUGAAAAAGAUCUAGAUUAUUCAAGUAUUAUAAAUAAUAUUAAAUUAGAAUUAUCACAUAUAUAA